AUGGAUCUGCCGACAAAGGCGUCCUACAUAGUCACCGACAUGGAUGACAUUCAGCAUCUGCUAAACCUGGAGGCCAUGUGCCGGUUUCAGGCAGAGACCGAAAGUGUGCACAAUAAGGUCCAGGACAAGGCGCUUGAAUGGAUCGGCACCAAGUACCAGUACCAGCAGGAGUAUACGCGUCUGAUUCGCUUAGUUAAGUGCGUCGGCAUGUGUGUGGCUAUAGACAAAACCUUCGAUAACGUAGAUAAGGAAAAAUCCGUCCAGACCAUCAAGGUUUUGAACAAGUUGCGAACAGGGGUUGGCAGCGAUGUGCAUCCAGCUAGACUGAACGCCAGCGUUGUGGAUAAGUGCCAGCAGCAGUUGGACACCGUCCACAACCCGCGCGCACAUCUUAGCAGACAGAAGCAGGAGUUUGCCGAGAUCCAGAAGGCGCUGCAGGACCUGGGAAAGGCGGUGGACGGACUGGAAAACGGAUUCGAGCUUAACACAAUGCGGGCGUUGGACCAAAUGGUGGGCGAACUGGUGCCAGCGCACAAUAAAUAA